UAAAAAGUCGUUUCAAGUCGAUGUUGAUCCUCAGCCAUCUUUGUUAAUUCGUACUUACAGAUCAAGAAUAUAGGGACAGUUCGCCCAAAGUACGGCGAGUCCCCGUUAAUUUACAGGACAAUCAUGUCGACUAAAGGGAUCUCGUUGAUGGACCCUUCUAAUAGUGGAGGAAAUGGAUCUUAUAAAACAAGUUUCUUCGCCGAUAUUCAUAAACAACUGGGUUUGUUGCCAGGAUUUCGAGGAUUGUCACAGGACAUGAAUAAAUUAGACCAGGAAACACAAACACCGGGUAGUGGAUCGCCUUUGGAAAAUGUAAGAACAAUGUCAGAAACAAUUGCAACGGACGUGAUUAUGAAUUAUGAAAAAGAGGAGAAGAAACCAUCCAAUAAGUACUGUAAAACAAUGAGACGAACUGUUCACGAACUUUCAAAUCGCCAUAAGAUUGCUUUCAAGGGAAUGGUGAAUAAGUUGCAAAUAACAGAAACAAACGCUUUUCCAACUUUCGUUUCAGUUGUCGAUGAAAUAUUUGAAGACGGGCAAAUAAAUUGGGGGAGAAUAGUGGCAGUAUACACAUUUGCAGCAAGAUUAGCACAGCAUUGUAAAGAAUCCUGUCCAGAUUGUGAUGAAAGAAUUUCACUGUAUGCUGGAAAAUAUGUGGCAAAUAAACUUGGUAGAUGGAUACUUGAUAAUGGAGGAUGGGAUGCCUUUGUGGAUUAUUUCCCUGAGCAAGGAGCUGUUGAAGAUAAAAUUUGGAAAGGACUUGUUUAUACUGCAAUGGGACUUGGUGCAUUAGCUACAGUGGUUGCAGCCCAAUAAUAAUCUCAAUAGGCCACAUGUAGUUGAUUUUUAGCUUUUUCAUCUGCCAACUAAUCCCCCAUACAGAAUUUAAAAAAAAUGAUUAUAAAAAUAUAUUUGACUGUAUCAAAUUUAGGCCAUUUUAAAGUGUGUGUGUUUCAACCCUGUCCAAUAUAUUGGAAAAGAUUAAUAUUAAGUGAUAAAAUGAUUGAAGAAACCAAAAACAAAUAAAAAUAUGUAAAAAGUAAUUAGUUGUACUAUUUCGACCAAAGUUGAAUUUAUAAUGAUUCAAUCUUGGUAUUUUGAAUUUUCUGAUUUGUUUUAGAUCAAUGUGAUUAAGAAAACAAAACAAAAAAAUAGAGGCAGAGGAAACACACAUAAUCUUUAAAUUUGGUUUAAAUUGUUUUUUUUUUUUUGCUGUGCCCUUUUAAUGUGCAAUGAGAUAAAAUUUUAGAAAUCAAAUUUAUGUGGCCUGGUCUCAGGAACAUUUCAGUUUUAGUCAUUGUUUUACACAAGUACAUGUUUUUUUUAUGUUAAAAUAAAUGGAGAAGAAAUAUUAUAAAACAUUGAAAAACAAGUAA